AUGGUACAAGAAGCCAUUCAGGAAAUUGACCCGAACAACAGCACGCGAGACGUUGUGCGAGUGGUUAACUUGAGCAAGCAAUUUUCUAAAAGGAAAGUCCCCGCAGUCAACGAUCUGACAUUUGGUGUUCGACUUGGCGAAUGCUUCGGUCUCCUCGGUGUCAAUGGAGCUGGAAAGUCCACAACCUUCAACAUGUUGACUACCAAUAUCCGGCCAUCAACGGGCACAAUCUCAAUUGACGGCAUUGAUGUAUUUAGUAAUCCAAACUUACACGAAGUCAUCGCCUACUGCCCACAAUUCAAUCCCCUACACACUCAUCUCACUGGUUUCGAAACACUGCAACUAUACGCCCGAAUCCGCGGCUAUCCCGAGUCGACCAUCAGUUCAGUUGCCGAUCGUCUUAUCGACCAACUAUGUUUACGUCCU